AUGGAACACCUCGAAGCUAAAACAAUUCCCGCUCCUGGAGAACUCCCAAAUGUCCAAGGAGACGCCCUGCGCAUUUCCCAGGUUCUCCAGUCGGGCGGGGUCGUUAUUAUACCCACCGAAGUGGGCUAUGGAUUGAUGGCAUCGUCACCGGAAGCCAUCGAGAGAGCGUUUGCUGCAAAGCGACGUAAACCAGGCCACGCACAGGGUUUAAUUGGGUCAUACGAAUUGCAUCGCGAAAUUCACAUGCUAGAUGAGCGGCGGUUCGAAAUGACACGAGUGCUAGUCCAAGAGCUGGACAUGGGACUGGGAAUCGUUGCGCCAUAUCAAGAAGGACAUCAUCUCCUACAGACGUUAUCGCCAGAGACCCUUGCCAAGGUCACGAAAAACGGCACUAUUGCUAUGUUUGUUGGUGGCGGAUCGCUUCUGAGAGAGAUCUGCCGGCUCAAUUACAAGGCAGGCAGGCUCAUGGUUGGAUCUAGCGCGAACGUGACUGGUAGUGGACAAAAGUUUCGCGUCGAAGAUAUCGAAGACGAGAUCAAGGAGGCGGUGGAUUUGAUUGUUGACUACGGUCUUCAGCGUUAUCAUAUAUAUGGUGGAAGGGCAUCGAUCAAUAUGGAUUUUGGCCAGAUGAAGAUUUUGCGAAUGGGGGCAUGUUACGAGUUGUUCCGGGAGCGUAUGCAGAAAUUCUGGAGCGUAAACUUGCCCGAAGAUCCAGAUUAUAAGAUCGAACACGUAUGA